GUUAUAACACCAAAUCUAAAUACUAAUUUUGAUAGGUUAUAAUACCAACUUUAAUAAAUUAUAACACCAACUUCAAUAGGUUAUAACACAAACUACAAAUAGAGUCAAACGCGCGUCGUCAAUUUUUAAAUUUUUUUUUGUAUUGUUGAGCCUGAAAAUCUUUGAAGAGAGGCCCUUGGAAAUUUGUUGAUCAUCACAAGAUUUUAUAUUUUCAAAUAGUAAACAAUAAUAAAUCAAAAACCUCGUUGAAAAACUGAAAAAUCAACUGAUUCCUCCUUCUAGUGGGUGGUUUUAUAUAAGGAUUAGGAGAAAUUAACAAUGGCGCUUGCAUCAGCCGCAGCUGUAGCAUCAUUACUCCCAUCAAACGGCCUGAAAAUGGCGUCUACGACAACCCAAGCAUACCUAGAAAGCAAGCCGGUUCAAGAAGCAAAGUCUUUAAUCACUGAACUUUGUCGUCAAUUUUAUCAUCUUGGUUGGGUUGGUGGUACUGGUGGCAGCAUUACUAUCAAAGUUCAUGAUGAUUCCAUUCCUAAACCCGAGCAACUCAUUAUCAUGUCUCCUUCUGGAGUCCAGAAGGAAAGAAUGCUUCCAGAGGAUAUGUAUAUACUUUCUUCAGACGGGUCCAUAAUUUGGACGCCCAGUCCCAAACCUUACCCCCAUAAGGCACCUAAAUGUUCCGAUUGUGCUCCUUUGUUUAUGAAGGCAUACCAUAUGCGUAAUGCUGGAGCUGUCAUACACAGCCAUGGGAUGGAAAGUUGCUUAGUAACCAUGAUGAAUCCUACAUCAAAAGAAUUUCGGAUCACCCAUAUGGAAAUGAUCAAAGGUAUUCAAGGGCAUGGCUAUUAUGAUGAGCUUGUUGUUCCAAUCAUAGAAAAUUCUGCUCAUGAGCGAGAUCUCACAGACGCGCUAGCUGCUGCUAUUGAAGCAUAUCCCAACGCUACAGCUGUACUUGUUCGAAACCAUGGAAUCUAUGUAUGGGGCGACUCUUGGAUUAGUGCCAAGACCCAGGCUGAAUGUUACCACUAUUUAUUUGAUGCUGCACUCAAACUCUAUCAAAUGGGUCUGGACUGGUCAACUCCUACUCAUGGCCCUAUUAAGACCAUUCAAGGAAUUCCGAGAAGUGGUGAAAGCAGAGCUGUAUCUGCUAAGGCUGGGAUUUCUACUCCCGGGGAGUCGGUGCAACGUUGCGUUGUUCUUGACAUUGAAGGAACCACGACGCCAAUAUCUUUUGUUACUGAUGUUCUGUUUCCAUAUGCUCGUGUCAAUGUUGGUAGACAUUUAAGCUCUACUUACGAUACUGAAGAAACACAAGAUGAUAUUAAGCUACUGCGUGCUCAAAUUCAAGAGGAUCUUGACAGUGGUGUUCUUGGUGCUGUUCCCGUUCCUUCCGCUGAUGAGGGUAGAGAGGAGGUCAUUGCGGCUUUGGUUGCUAACAUAGAAGCUAUGAUCCAAGCUGACCGGAAAAUUACUGCAUUGAAGCAGCUGCAGCUUUUCACACAGGGUCAUAUAUGGAGAACAGGAUUCCAAAAUAAUGAACUUGAGGGUGUAGUCUUUGAGGAUGUACCAGAAGCUUUGGAGAGAUGGCAUGCUUCAGGCAUAAAAGUUUAUAUCUACUCCAGCGGCAGUCGACUUGCACAAAGGCUUAUUUUUGGAAACACCAAAUAUGGUGAUCUGAGGAAAUAUUUGUCCGGGUUUUUCGAUACAGCAGUUGGAAACAAGCGAGAAACACGCAGUUAUGUAGAGAUAUCUCAGUCACUGGGGGUAGAUGAUCCGUCUGAGAUACUAUUCGUAACGGAUGUGUAUCAGGAAGCCACGGCUGCAAAAGCAGCUGGGCUUGACGUAAUAGUUUCAGUGCGGCCUGGAAACGGACCUCUUCCGGAGAAUCAUGGUUUCAAGACAGUGAAUUCAUUUUCAGAAAUAUAAUGCUUCAACUUCUGUGAUCUUGUGCUUCCGAAACUGUCAGUCUCCUUUUACAAUAAUAUGUGCUACUAAUCUCAUUGUACUUCCAUCUCGUUUAAAACUCGAACGAGGAUGAGAAUCAGUGAGAAUGCAUCCGACUACGAAAGUUGCAUUAUGCAUGCUAUACUAAUCUAUCUUAGCUUUAGCCAAAGCAUCAAUGUCAAAUUCGCGUCUACAUUUUUUCUCGUCCUUGAGAAUUCAAUACUUGAGUAAAUAACAUAUUUUGUCAUGUGUGUUGCAUUUUGGAUGAUUAAGGGUUGAUUAGAACUCUAGGUAGGAUAUACAGGGUGAUGAAAACAGCCUAUUAUUACAUAA